AUGAAUGGACCAACCAAGGAGAACGUGGACAAGACCGUACGCCUCCUACCUCAAGGGGAGAAGUACGGUGCUCCGCUGAGCGAGCUGUCGUGGCCUUCGUCCCUGGCGGUGGUGGCUGUUUCAUUCUCUGGCCUCUUCACCUUCGUCUUCCUCAUGCUGGCCUGCCUCUGCUGCAAGAAGGGCGACAGUGGCUUCAAGGAGUUUGAAAACACUGAGGGAGAGGAGUACCAGGCAGAUCUCUCCGCUCUGGCCUCGCCUUCCUCCCAGAAUGGCCCCGAGGUCUACAUCCUUCCCCUCACCGAGGUCUCCCUGCCUGUCUCCAAACAGCCUGGCAGAUCCAUCCAGCUGCUGAAAUCAUCAGACCUUGGCCGCCACAGUCUACUCUAUCUCAAGGAGAUUGGACAUGGCUGGUUUGGCAAGGUUCUGCUGGGUGAGGUCAAUGUGGGCCUCAGCACCACCCAGGUGGUUGUAAAGGAGCUGAAAGCCAGUGCCAGUGUCCAGGAUCAGAUGCAGUUCCUGGAGGAGGCACAGCCAUACCGAACCCUCCAGCAUCCUGCCCUCCUGCCGUACCUGGCACAGUGCUCAGAGGUCACUCCUUAUCUGCUGGUUAUGGAGUAUUGCCCUCUGGGUGAUCUGAAGAGCUAUCUGCGCAGCUGUCGGGUGGCUGACUCUGAGACCCCCGACCCUUUGAUCCUCCAGCGAAUGGCGUGCGACAUUGCCUCAGGGCUUCUGCAACUCCACAAAUACAACUUCAUACACAGUGACUUGGCCCUGAGAAACUGCCUGCUAACUUCAGAAAUGUCAGUUAAGAUCGGAGACUACGGCCUUUCUCACAGCCGAUACAAGGAUGACUAUUAUGUAACACAAGACCAGAUGUGGGUGCCCCUGCGCUGGAUUGCACCCGAACUCAUAGACGAAGUCCACGGAAACCUGCUGGUAGUUGACCAAACUAAAUCCAGCAACAUAUGGUCAUUGGGGGUCACUGUGUGGGAGCUGUUUGAGCUGGGAAACCAGCCGUACAGACACUACUCUGACAGACAGGUGCUGACAUAUGCUGUGAAGGAACAGCAGCUCAAACUACCCAAACCCCUGCUCCCAUUCCCCCUGGCCGAGCGCUGGCACGAGGUGAUGCAGUUCUGCUGGCUGCAGCCAGAGCUGAGACCCAGCAGUGAGGAAGUCCAUCUUCUGGUCACAUACCUGUGUGCCAAAGGCUCGAGUGAGGCUGAGGAAGACUUUGAACAACGAUGGAAUGCCUUGAGACCCAACCUGUUCGGCAGCACCUCCCACACAGCUGCAUCCACAGCCCUAGUCCUGACCCCCACACCUGCCUCAGCUGAUGUCCCCAGUCCAGACCAACCUCAGGCAGUGGAGCUGGCCUCCUCUGCCUCAUCCUCCUUCCCCCUCCUGGAGCACUUCUCCGACAGCUUCCACUCUGACACGGGGGAUGACCUGCUGACCGUCACAGAGACCAGCCACGGUCUCAACUUUGAGUACAAAUGGGAGCAGGCCCGAGCUGAGCAGCCUUACUGCUCCUCCUCCACCAGUGGGGCACUGGGCCAGGGGAACCCAUAUUACCAGGAUAUCUACUAUUCGAGUAAAGGAAGCACCUCAGGGGGCUGCAAGACUGACAGCCUGACAUCAGGCACAUCCCCAUCCUACUAUGAACCCGAACACCCUGGUGUGGUCCCAGUGUUGAGUGCCCACAGCCCCUCGGUCAGCAGCGAGUAUUACAUUCGCAUAGAGGAACCAAUGGAGUGUAACAUUAACUUGGAUGACAGCAUGGUGGACUACAGUCCAGGACGGGAGGCCAGCAGCAGCAGGUUGUCCUCUGAGAGUCGGACUGGUCAAUCCAUGGCACAGCCCAGUGCUUACUGGUCAACUGACCACAACAAAUCAUCAGCCUAUGACUCUGAUUCAAGCCCCACUGUCCAACUAAACAUGGAGCCACUGCUGAGACAGUCAUCCAGCACGAGCCCCGUCAAGCUAGGCCACUCGCACAACUGCUUCUCAUCCAGUCAAGACGACAACAUCUACUGUGAACAAUCAUCAGCGUACAAGUCCCACCAAUCCUGUCGGUCUGAACUGGAUACAUCGACAGAGUCCAGGUCAAACCUGGUCCAUCCAGUCGGGCGUUUAGAAAACCCACGCAGUUUAUCACAAGCAGUCAGCAGCCCAAGCUUGGGGUUCUGUGAUCCUUACCUUGAAGCGGGCACAGUGCGGAGCACGGUGAAUGAAAGCUGCCUUAAUAUGAUGGGUCCCCCCAGAAAGACACUACCCGUUGUUAACCACAUUAGCAUUGAUGUCGGGACCGACGACGGUCUGCUGGUGGGCCAGCAGAGAGGUGACGACAUUGAGGAUGACCUUUUCUCUGAAGGAGAGGCCACGAACUGGACCUCAAACCAUUCAGCAAACAACAAUAGCCUGAGCUUUGACGGCAGGCAGACAGGCAAUGGGCAUGACAGCUAUCUGGACCUUCAAUAUACUGCUCACUCCAACACAGCAGAAUUAUGGUCUUUGACCAAGGCCACCACCAGAACCUUCCACAGCUCCAGGUUUUGUGGAACAUUGGAGGCAGAAGGAGGAGACUCUGGUUGUUGCGCUGCUAGCAAGCCCAGUGAAUUAGAUUCAUACAUUCACUUAUGUCACAAAGAAAAAGAGGAAGCUGCCACUCUAGCAGAAAAUAACUUAACUGCAGAACAUCUAAGAAGUUUAUAUUCCCUUACCAGCUCAAGUAUUAACGACAGAAGUACAGAGGGUCGAAAAAUGGAGGGACAAUAUGAAAAGCAGUUUAUGCUUAAGGGAGAAAGACUGUACUCGAAGCCUAAGAUGAUACCCGAGGCCAGUUAUAUAAAGUCUCCAUCCUCUUUCAAGGAGGCUCAGACUGGUCAGACAGCAGCCUUGUCAGACAAGCAGCGAGGUAACAUGUGGGAGGGAGUUUCAACAGAAAGACAAGGAGACAAGAGGCUAAACUAUCCAGAUACAUCAGAAAGUAGCAGAGCAUUGGACAGUGGAGUGGGGGUCAGAGACUCCAGCAUUAACCUGGUUGAGCUUGGUGACUUUAGUGAGGAUGAUGAUGAUGACGACAUCACUGAUAUUACGUCAGGGAUCUUUGCCGACUUCAACCUGGACUAUGCUGAGAUGGAAGAGGAAGAGCUCAGCCCAUUAAAGCACCCAAAGGGAACUCCUGACUCCGUGGACACCCUAAACCUGUCCUCAUCAAUGGCAAGCCCCCGUAAUCAGGCCUUCAGCCCCGAUCCCUUCAAUAUCCCUGUCCUACCUAAAUCCCUGGACAGUGGCUAUGACACAGAGAACAAUGAAUCUCCAGAGUUUCUCUUCAAAGAGCUUGGAGAUCCCCGGGGUGGCGAGAGGAGCCCUAGGAUGGGGGGAGAACCAGAACUAGUUCUGCAGGUGGGUUUGGGACAAGGGGUCUGCACUUCCACAAGCGCCUCAGUGCAAAAGUUAAAGAGCCUGACUGAUAAGAACUCAUACAGGGAUUCAGCCUAUUUCUCAGACUACGAUGCUGAAAAUGAGAGGAGCCCUCAAGAGGAAGGCAGUACCUUCUUUUUAGGUCCAAGUAACUGUCCUGCUGAGAAAUGUAUCUCCAUCCAAGAUGACGAUAUUGUGAAAAGACAAUUAAACGAGAAGCAUUUUUCAAAUCUGACGCACUUCAAAAGGUACGCUGUGGUGACCCAUCCCCUCCCCACCCCUGGGCUGUCCAUGCUAUCACCGUUUCCUCCACAGAUGGGCGGCUGCCUGACUAAAGAGUCCGCCCCUGCAGAUGAUGAUCUCGGGUUGGAGACGGAGCCUUCCUCAGAGCUUAGCUCCUCCAUUGGGUCCGAGGCCUCUUCCACCGCCCGGGAGGCCUCAGGGAACCACGAUGAGGGGAACAGGAGAGUCGACGGUUAUUCUCCUGUCCAGUCUUUGCAUUCUGACUCCACCAUAUCUGACUACGGAGACGAGGCCCCCAACAAAAAGGAAAGUGGUGAUGGAUCCACAGAGGAUGAGCUGAAUCACGUCACGGAGGAGACGGAGGACGGAAGGGAGGGCGUGAGAAUAAAUGAGGAGGAUUUUGAGGACAUAGACGCGGGGGAAUGUGACUCACAGGAAAGCAUAUGUGAGGAAUCUAACGGUCCCGUCGACCUGUCCUCUUCAUUGCUGGAGCUGUGUGGAGAAGACGUGAGAGCGCCGCUGGAAGAGGCAGAGGAUGAAGAGGAUUCAGACGACAGCGAGUCCGAUGAAGAGUUGAGGACUUACAACAUCCAAGACGAAGACAGCGACGAGAGCGAGGAGGAUUUGACCCCAGUGCCAGUGGUGGUAAGCGACUGCAGCAGGGCUAGACACCUCCGCGGCCUCCUGAAGAUGCCCACGUUGCUCACCCAGACCUUCUGUGACGAGUUGGAGAGGAAGAAAAAAGCGGUGUCCUUUUUUGAUGACGUUACGGUGUUCCUUUUUGACCAGGAGAGCCCUACGGGAGAGUUGGCUGAUUACGCCUUCUCCACUGGAACAGAGUCCAACGGAGAGGGAUCUUCGGGAGAAAGAAACACCGACCACCAGCCGCAACCCGACCCUGAACUUGAAGCUCGGUCCUGUGAACCAUUCUGUGCUUCUGAAGAAACAGACGGCGACAACUCAGAGACGGGUGGGGCUUACGAAUGGGAAGAUGAACUCUUGUUAGAGCCUCAUCCGUCCCCCCCCGACACCAUCCUCGAGGCCCCCUCCUCACCCACCCACCCCUCCAACCGUCCCGAGGCUCCAAAACCUGCAGCUGUAGCACUUAACCGUUUUAUGGUCUCACGGUUCUCUAUCACACAUGUCUCCGACCCCCACAUGGGCUCAGCUACAGGGAUAGCUGCUGGUGCGGUAACCUGA